GGACACUGCCGCACACUGACCGAUGGCUCCUUACAGCGUCAGCCUCAUCCAGAGCCCGGCUAAUGAUCCCCUCACCCAGCAGCCCAGAAAACUGAGGAAACCGGUGAUCGAGAAGAUGAGGAGAGACCGGAUUAACAGCAGCAUUGAGCAGCUGCACAUCUUACUGGAGAAGGAGUUCCAGAGACAUCAGCUCCCCUCCAAACCUGAGAAAGCCGAUAUCCUGGAGAUGACGGUCACCUUCCUGCAGCGCCACAUGGCGGAGAGAAAUGUCACAGCCUCCAGCCAGGCCCAGAGAGAAGGCUUCUCCACCUGCGUCCAGGACUCCAUCACCUUCCUGUCCCAGCACAAACAGACCGAGCUCCAGAUCCAGCUGCUGCAGAACCUCCCUGGGGCUCACACUAUGACAUGCGGGGCUGUAUCUCCUCCUGUAUCCCCCGUCUACCAGACCCCCAGCAAACACAGCCCCCUGGACAGCAGCAAAGCCUUGUGGAGACCCUGGUAGUGACUGGAUCCUCUGGUGUGGACUGAUCUCAGAGCUAUGUACCCCCGUAUACCUGAGAGCUGGAGAUGGGAUGGAUUCUGCCUCUCACUAAUGUCUCAUCAUGAGAUGGAGAAGAAGUUCAUUCUGGACAUGGUGUAAUUACUACGUGAUUUACUAGUCCUUCAUAUUAUCUGCCGUCUGCUGCAGCU